GAUGGGAUGUGUCUAUUCUAGAAAAGAUAUAAAUGACAUCAAUCCUCGGAUGUUCCGAGCCUACAAUGUAGAUGACCAAGGCAUUGAACUUAACCCGGGGAAGAUAGAGGUCAGCGACACAGAGCUCAUCCUUCAUCAAAAGGGAAAGGAGCCAAUUCGCUGGCCAUGGCGCUGUCUGCGCCGUUACGGCUUUGAUGCGGAGCUGUUUUCAUUUGAGAGUGGCCGUCGGUGCCCUCGUGGCCCGGGGAUUUAUGCUUUCCGCUGCAAGCGUGCAGAGAUGCUGUUUAACGUGGUACAGGAGUGUAUUCAGAGGGCGGGGCAAGAGGACCAAGCUCAUCUCUCACAAAGUGUCAUAUCAGCCACAGCCAGAACCAAUAGUCGGCCAGCCUCUGUAGUCGAGACCCAAGAUUCCAAUGGCUUCGCUCAUCCUCCCACUAGCCAGAGAAAUCCGUUUGGGAAUGGUGGACUACAUCUGUAUGUGAAUGGGCCGGCAGCAAAUGACUACAUUAACGCUGGGGCCAAUGGUGGUCCUGGCACAACAGCCUUUCCCAAUGGAAUUGCAGAGACGUCUCUUAUUGAAUUUGACGACUCCCCAAGACCAUUGUCGGGGGCGAGUGAAAAAAUAAACUAUGCUGUACUAGAUCUACCAAAGAGCACGGAGAAUCUGAGUGAGGAGCCGGGAACCCGUGGGGCAGCUGUGCCUGUCUCACCUCUCAAGUAUGCAGAUAUUGACUUAGAGAAUCUCAACAGAGAAAAGGAUUCCUCACUUGAAGAUCUUCCCUUGUGCGCAACAGACCAGGAGGUGUUCAUUGAUGAGGAAACGGAGGGGGUCAAUGUGCAGGCCAACUAUAUCAAUGUCCCAGCUGAUAAGAGCAGCAUGCCGUCUAAUUUUGCCAGUGUAAAGCUCAACCCCCUCCAGCCUCCGCCAGCACCACCCAGUCCACCAACACAACCUCAGACGGGACGCGAGACCAGUAAAAUCAACUACAUUCAGCUGGAUUUGAACCAGGCUUCAGAAAGUGCAGUUGGUGGCGCCUCUGCUACUCCUACGUCGCCUACAGGACAAACGUCUGUACCAGACUCACCAACAAAGCGGAAUGCGGAGAGAGAAAGCUAUGCGACCAUCGAUUUCCACAAGACAACAGCACUGCAUAACAGCGGCAAGGGCACUGUGGAAGAAGAGGAGGGUGCGCGAAAAACAAGACACAGCAGCACCAUAAGUGAGCUGAAUUGAACUUAACUCUGACAGAGAAAGUCCACUUCACCAGGAUUCAAAACUCUUGACAGCAACACCAUCUGUCCGCAAAAUUAAAAACAGCAUCAAAGGUGACGCGAAAAGAGCAACAUCUACAAACUCAUUAACAGCAUCGCUAUCUGCAAACUCUUUCAACACCAGCAAUUUAAUGAACAUCAGUGCCGUCAAUAAAUUCCAAGACAGUAGCACAAACAGCAAAUUCCAAAAAACAACAGCA